CAGGUGAUCUGCAACUCAUUCACCAUCUGCAAUGCGGAGAUGCAGGAGGUUGGCGUUGGCCUGUACCCCAGUAUGUCUUUGCUGAAUCACAGCUGUGACCCCAACUGCUCAAUUGUGUUCAAUGGGCCCCACCUCUUACUGCGUGCCGUGCGGGAAAUCGAGGCAGGAGAGGAGCUCACCAUCUGCUACCUGGACAUGUUGAUGACCAGCAAGGAACGCCAGAAGCAGCUGAGGGACCAGUACUGCUUUGAGUGUGACUGUAUCCGAUGCCAGACCCAGGACAAGGAUGCUGAUAUGCUAACGGGUGAUGAGCAAAUAUGGAAGGAGGUUCAAGAAUCACUGAAGAAAAUUGAAGAGCUGAAGGCACACUGGAAGUGGGAGCAGGUUCUGGCCCUGUGCCAGGCGAUCUUAAGCAGCAACUCUGAACGGCUUCCCGACAUCAACAUCUACCAGCUGAAGGUGCUCGACUGUGCCAUGGAUGCCUGCAUCAACCUGGGAAUGCUGGAGGAGGCCCUGUUUUACGCCAUGCGCACCAUGGAGCCCUACCGGAUCUUUUUCCCUGGAAGCCAUCCCGUCAGAGGUGUGCAAGUGAUGAAAGUUGGCAAGCUGCAGCUCCAUCAAGGCAUGUUUCCUCAAGCCAUGAAGAAUCUGAGGCUGGCCUUCGACAUUAUGAAAGUGACCCAUGGCCGAGAGCACAGCCUGAUUGAAGAUUUAAUUCUUCUCCUGGAAGAAUGUGAUGCCAACAUAAGAGCCUCCUAAGGACAGCCAGAGGGACAGGGGAGAUGGCGCACCCUCAUCGAAGGCCUUACUGAGGUCACACACUCUGUGAUAUCUGCUAUGUGAACCUCCUGUAGAAAAUGCCAUUCUGUGUUUGUGUGGGGAAAUGUGUUGCUGUGGUGUGUCCUGAGAAAACCUAUUUGUGGUAGAGCUGAACCAUUACAAUAAAUACGAAAGAUGAGUUGAAAAUGCCAUCUGGCAGCUUGGCUUUGCCUACUCAUAGGUGAUUGGAUAGUUAAGAUAUCAGCAUUGGAAAGAGGAACUUACCAAACAUAGGAUGGAAAGCCAGGUGGUGGUGGUGCAUGCCUUUAAUCCCAGCACUUGAGAGGCA